AUGAAGAAUUCCAAGGUGAUUCGGCUCACCUCGGACGAGAUCAACCACAAGAAGCUCCGGAGCCGCAAGCUUCACAACUACACCAUCCUUCACUACUCGCCCUUCAAGGCCGUCUGGGAUUGGUUCGUCCUGCUGCUGGUCGUCUACACGGCCAUCUUCACGCCCUACGCCGCCGCCUUCCUCCUGAACGACGACGAGCGGCGGGCCAAGCUCAACAAGGAGGCCGAGACGCGGGCCGGGGAAGGCCUGUCCUCCAGCUACACCGAGCCCCUGGUCAUCUUGGACCUGAUCGUGGACAUCAUGUUCAUCGUGGAUAUCUUCAUCAACUUCCGGACCACUUUCAUCGACGACGUGAAGGGCGAGGUGGUGUCGGACCCGGCCAAGAUUGCCAAGCACUACCUCAAGGGAUGGUUCGUCAUCGACGUGCUGGCGGCUAUCCCCUUCGAUCUGAUCCUCUUCGGCUUGGCUAACGAUGAGAAAACCACGACGACCAUGGGUCUGCUCAAGUCAGCCCGCCUGCUGCGUCUGCUCCGCGUGGCCCGGCGCCUGGACCAGUACUCGCAGUACGCGCCGGCCGUCAUCUGCUUGCUCAUGUCUGCCUUCACCCUCGUGGCUCACUGGAUGGCCUGCUGCUGGUACUCCAUCGGAGAAGGGGAGCGGGACCUGGAGUACGGCUGGCUCAACCAGCUCUCACGAGACGUCAAUGAGACAUAUAGGGAAGACGAAACGGGAGGGCCGUCGGCGCAAUCCAAGUACGUGACGUCACUGUAUUUUACGCUUACCAUCCUGACCACGGUGGGCUUCGGCAACGUGGCACCCACCACGGACGUGGAGAAGAUGUUCGCCAUAUGCAUGAUGCUGGUUGGCUCACUCAUGUUCGCCUGCAUCUUCGGUAACAUGACGGCCAUCAUCGAGCGACUGUACGAGGGCAUGGCCCGCUACCACCAGCAGCUCACCCUAGUCAAAGAGUUCGUCAAGUUCCAUAACGUGCCUCACCCGCUGCGGCGACGACUCCAGGAGUACUUCAAACACGCCUGGGUCUACUCCAACGGCAACGACUUGCAAGAGGUUGACGAGGUCAUGAAAGACUUCCCCGACUUCCUGCAGGCCGACAUCUCCCUCCAUCUGAACCGCAACCUCCUGAACGGCUCGCCGGCCUUCAAAGGCGUGGAGCACGGCUGCCUGAGGGCGCUCUCUGUCAAGUUCCAGAACACCCACACGGCCCCCGGAGACAUCCUCUUACACCGGGGAGACAGCUUGAACCAGAUGUACUUCAUAUCCCGGGGUUCGCUGGAGAUCCUCAGGGGCAAUGUUGUCUUGGCAAUACUAGGUAAAAACGACGUUGUGGGCGAAAACUUUUGUCAGCGGCCUUUGGUGGGCAGGUCAAAGGGCACGGUCAGGGCAUUGACCUACUGUGACCUCUUGACCUUGUAUCGGGAGGAUCUGAUGGACGUCAUCAAGAUGUAUCCGGACUUCCGGCAGCACUUUGCUGAGAAGGUGGAGGUCACCAUCGACAUGCGAGAUACCGAGCUGGAUAAGAUCGUACCAGACAUCGCCCCAAAGAUGAACCACUGGCCUGGCGCCAAGACGGUGCUGAACCGUCGUUUCUCGGCAGUGGUGGCCGCGGCCCAGGCCGCCCGUAAGAACCUGGAGCAUCAGCGGCAGCAGCAGGGCGGAGUAGGCGGGGGAGGGGGCCGGGUGGAGCUGACUCCCUGCCCGAGUACCGAGACGGUGGCUUCCAGGACCGGCUCGGAGACCAGUCGGAUUGACUCGUCUUUUACAUUCCAGAGCGGCAAGUGGAAAAAGAAGCCCAGCAAAAUUGACACGGUGGUGUCCAUAGAAACCAAAGGCCAGGAGGACAGAGAAGAGAGCGACCCAGAGGUUCCCCUUAUGCAACGCAAGUAUAGACAUUACACCGAGCCGCCGCGUGGGGGCAGCAAACACACAGACCAAAGACGUUCCAUCAUCCGAGAGACGGGGCGUCCGACGGACGAACCCGCGCCGUUGUCGUCGCUUGGCAACCGCGAGGCGCCAGAGGGCGCUGUCACCUCCUCCUUACACCCGAUCAGCCCUAAAGCGGGCACGGCCGGACUGGACAACAAUAACGUCGGGUGUUAUGUGGACAACAACGCCAUCCAUGGCCGCAUUGAUGGCUUGUACAAACAACUUGGAGCCAUCGAGAGGAAGUUUGACGAGCAGAAGGCGGCCAUCAUAGAGUGUCUUCUGGGCAAGUCUCGCCCUGUCAGCAGGGACAGUCGGCCUGUCGCUUACCCCGGUACCCAUCCAGGCGCAAACGCCAGAUCCUUGAACCGUCGCACGGACGAUGCCUCUGUACCUGCUUCCGAAGCUUCAAGCGGUGAUCCGAACUUGAUUUCUGGCAAACAGAAGCAGGAUCCAGCGUACAGCAACCACAGCGAGCAUCCGCUGAUAGAGUUAGGCGUGGCUAGUGAACCCGUGGCCAACUCCCUGGGUGGUACCUCUCCCGAGGGCACCGCCCGGACUGCUUCCUCAGACCGCUCCAAACCCUUGGUGGUCACUUCAUCUUCCCUACCUCCGCAGCAGGACAGUCAGAGGCCGGCUCCCGAGGCCUCCACGGAGAAGCUUCCCCAGCUGCGACCCAAGAACUUCCGGCAGCGGGGGCCCGGCCGGUCCCGGGGCAACGGCCGGCCCUUCUCCGUGCCCGGCCGCAUCUCCGUGGGCAACCGCUCGCCAAACACCAGGGCGCCCUCGCUGACCUUCCCCGCGCUAAAAGGCGAGGACGACAGCGGGGAGGUCAUCUGGCUGGAGAGGCGGGGCGAGGAGAUGGGCGGGUCUAGAAUGUCUUCGACGUCCUGUUGAUGAUGGGGCAGCCUCCUUAACAUAAAGUUGAAUGCUUAGAGAAGAAAUGUUUCAUAAAACUAUGCGCAUGUAUUUGAAUACUUUGACCAAGGUGAAUUUUGUUCUUCUGAUUUCCAUGUCCUCAAUUUAUUUGUUCAAUUGUUGAAGGACACAAUUGGGUAUCGUCAUUACACUUUUACACACAGUAUUUUUGCGAACGCAGUUACCUUCCCACAACUUUCAUCAAUCAAAACGUCAUGUGUCGGCCAUUUCGAGACAUGUUGAGCAGGGCACUGCAGUUCCACACACAAACAAGCAAUAGCAAUAUAAAUCCACCCAUGUUUUAUGACUUUUGCUAUUCUUCUAUAAACAUGACCAGCAUUGUACCUGUUUUUUGUUCUGGAUGGCGGGGGGGGACGUUAUUUUUUAAACAUUUGAAUGUUUCUUUCGGACCUCAGUUGAUUUGUGACUGUUUGAGUUCUACAGAAAAAACCAAAAUGUUCUUGUAUAACAAGAAUUCCAAAAAAGCAGUGUUCUUAUGAAUUUGAUGAUACGUAUAGUAACAGUAAUGCUGUUCAGUGACAAAAUAUUUUGUAAGCAUUUUUAAAGACGGUCAACAGUCAUAAGAGAAUAAUGAUUAUUGUGCAAUGGACGAAUGACAAGAACACACAUUGCCACACUGACUGAGACAACAGUUACGGACUGCCACACAGGAAAGCACGCAACCCAACAAAAACAGACAGACAGACAGACAGAUUAGGAAACAAACAAACAAGACCGAAGCAAAAAAUUACCAUUAGCUGAGCGGAUACAUUUGGUACAGCAUUUGAGUUGAGUUCUGAGGUCAUGGGUCGGAAUCCUGGUCCAACAGCUGUCAUUAAAGAAGUAUGCCGAAUACAUUAUAGUUGACUAUUUGGGAAGACGCCAGUGUAGUGCUCGAUGGAUAACAUAGGGUGAAGUACUUGGAUAGCAGUUGAGUGGUCUUGGGUUGUAGUCCUGGUCUUAAAACUGGACAACAAAGACGUACCGAAUGCAUUAUAAUGGGCUAUUGGGAAGGACGCCAAUGUAGGGAUUGAUGGAUUACUAAAGGUAAAACAAAGUUGUUAAGAUGUCUUUGGUUCGAGUCCCGGCCUCGCAACAAGGCUACUAGAAUCGGUAGGAGGGAGCAUAUGCAGAAUAAUAAUAUUGACUACGGAUGUCAGGCGGCUCGAUGGAUAAAUUCUGGUGAAGCACUUGAGUGGAGGUUCAGUGGUCUCGGGUUCGAAAUCCAGUCUCAUGAUUGGACAAUAAAGAAACAAGUAAACAAGAUGGUUUACAUUACAACCAAAUGUAUUAGGAAGACCCCUAAUGUAGGGUUUGACAACAAGAUUUGUGAAACAUUAAAACAAACUCUUGAGGGGUCCUGGGUUUGAAUCCCACUUUUGCAGUUGGACAGCAAAGAAGUUGCAAGUACACAAUGGCCUAAUUAAGAGGAUCCUCAGGUGUCGACAUGGCCAAUAUACGGAACUUCGUAUCGGUAGUUCUGCUAUUAAGUUGGGCACCAAGGAAUUCAACUUGUGAUUUCAGAGAGGCUACUAGUUGAGACAGUCAGUGUAAUGUUAGCACUUGAACGUUGGUGCCUAAGGGUUCGUGGGUUCGAACCCCGGUGCUCCAACGGAGAAUAUCGACUAAGAAGUAUAACGUUUGGCAAUGUGGCUAAACACAGCUGAACUGAACAGUGAAAUAAAUUAUAAAAAUUAAUACAGAUGGAGUCCUGGUACUAUCAACUUGUGAAUUCAGAGAGUAAUUUCACGAAAAAAGCUGCUUCUGGUAUCUUUUUUUAUGAAUGUGUGGAGGAAGAUAGGUAGGAGCUGAAAUCAAAUACUUGGAAUCACGUUACGGACGUCAUUAUUUGUUGUAAAAAAAAAAAUAAUACAUGUAAUGGUAAAUCACGUAUUUUUCCAAGUAGUUUUGUUGGGUUACGACUUCAUUAUUUUGAGGGAAAUGACAUGAUGUAACAACCUAAAAUACACUGUUUGAAAUUCAUUCCACGGUAAUUCUGACUUGACGACAGAUGGGCCUAUAACCAGCACUUUCCAGGUUUCUUGUGCUGUGACAGACUAUAAGACUUAGACCAACGACAGUGUAACGAACAGAACGACAGACUUUAACGUGGACAAGAGUUAGAAAUGACAGAAUCAGAACACUAUACACCGACCUGACAGAAAAGUCUAAAGUCACUUUAAGGGAAGUGUCCACGACUUUAUUAGUUACAGUAUUCUUGUAGAAUUACAACUGUACACCAGUGACAUCAACAUCGUUCUCAGGGUUUACUUUCAAUCUCGAGAUAGCGGCUAUAUAUGGGGAUGGUGUUACACAGACAGGGGAGCUUUAUAACGCAAGUAGACGGUUACCAGUUAAAACAUGACUAAAACACUGUUAAAACUGCCUUGUGGCUGGUACUUGGCGUCAUAUGAAUCUUAAUAAGUUCUGUAGGUUGUGGUCCUGUCGAGCAGAGGUAAUACUAGUGUCGGAUUUCCUACAAUUUUGGUGGCAUGAAUAUUAACGCACUUUAUUAAAUCAGACAGUAUCAUUUUGGGACUCUUUUUUUUUUUAAUUUAGCCUAUUUUUUAUUUUUGUAGCGAGGGGCACAGGAUAGCAAUGAUAUAGGACCAUGUAUAUAGGAAAGACUGAUGACAGCAUGACCGACAUGACUGACGAUUUCAUAGUUGUAUACUAUUUUGUACACGAGACUGACGAAAUAAAAACGGAACGUAUAUAUAAUAGCUGAAAAUAUCACGAUGGUAGAGUUUAGAGUUUGUAUGAAAACAAAAUCCCAAAGUUUUAUAAGGAAACAGCGGCCCUAUUUCCAAAACCACUGCUGUGAUAUAAUGUACAGAGACCAGUCAAACUUCGACGUGCCGUGGUGUAAAUAAUUCAAAAACGAGCACACAGAAUUGACAGAAUGAAGACAACCUGUCACAAUAAUACGAGACUUUUUUUGUAAAUUUAGGAAGCUUUUAUACCUGAAUGUGAUGUGUGUGCAAAAUCUUUUUUUUUGUAAAACAGUUUUAACAAAAAAGUUUUAAAAGACCAGGGCUGACACGGACUGUAACUAUUGUUGUUAUCAUGCAAUGAUGAUUAACAAAAUGUUUCGAAUAUAGGGAGAAUUUAACUUGUUUGUUGUACUGCCAUAUUUUACAGGCAGCAUAGCGUGGGAAAUUCGAAUUGGGAAAACCGUCUUCCACUUUUUCCAAUUUCCCCUAAUCAUAGAAGAGGGUUAAAAAAAAGGUGACAAUGCUUUAAUAUCUCUAUGGAGACAGCUACAUAUCGAAAAUAGAAAUGGCAUUUUAAGGAAGAAUUCCGUGAUGUAAAAAAAAGUGACUGCAUUUUUCUUCGCAGAUGAUUGGUUCGAUUUUUUUUUUAUUAAAUGAGUUAUAAUUAUUUGAAUUCUGUGUAGAUCACAAAAGCAAUGUUAAAAAUUCCGAGCUCAGAUAAUGAUUACAUAAUGCGAAGUUUCUUUGCAGUCGUGGGGUUAAUUUGUUGAACAGUUAAAGUAAGCAAGUGUUGAUUUAUUGUGUAAUUGUAGAGUUUGGACAAACAGGGUUUAAGUUUUGUGUUUGGCCGAUAUUUUCCUCAUAAGUUCAUUGUAAGUUUUUA